AUGCCCGCCCCUCCCCCGCCCCUCAGUACCCCCCACUCCCUCCACGCACACCUCCUAAAUUUCCUCACCCUCUCCAUCCACACCAUCCUCUACACCCGAUCUCUCUACCCCCGCACCACCUUCCUCAUGACCCGCGCUUUCAACUAUCCUGUACCUCAAAAUCGGCAUCCUGAACUCUGUUCUUAUGUUAAUUCGUGCGUUUCUUCUCUUGUUCCUUAUUUAAGAUCGGGGAGUAUUGCGAGUGUGGCUGUUGUUGUUUAUUGUGAUGGGAUGAGGGAUGAUGAUGGGAAGAGGAGGGAUGAUGGGAAGGAGAUUAGGAUAUUGGAGAGGUAUAUUUUUGAUAUUUCGCGAUUCCCUGCUAUUCCACCCUCGGAAAAUUUGACGGAGUUUGAGGAUAGGGCGGGAGGUGAUAAGGAUGACGUGAGGAAUGUAGAUGUAGAAGAGGAAUUAAGAGCUGUGUUGAGAAAACUAGCGUAUAGUGCGGGGAAACUAGAGGAAUUGAAGGAUCCGGAAGAGUGCACGUGGGGACUGGUUAUGGAGAUGAAGGAGGAUGAGGAGUGGAAGGAAGUGGGUAAUGCGCCUAUUAGACAUCCACAAGUUUUUGAACCGGCGGUGCCGGAAUUGCAGGUUCCGGACGGGAGAGCAGGCAUUGAUGUAAAGGGGAAGGGAAAAGCGAAGGCGAAAGAAGAUGGAAUGGAUGCAGAAGGCGAAGUGAGACCAAAAGAGAAGAUGAAGAGUAGAGUAGGAAGCGCAAGGGGUGGUAUAAAGAGUACGGCGAUUCGAGCAGUGGAGGUAGGGGAAUUUAUAAUGGAGGCGUGGAUUGAGGAAGGGAAGGCAAAGUUUGAAAAUUGGGGUGAGCAUGAGCAUGAGCAUGAAUAUGAAUAUGAAUAA